CGCUUGCCGUAGUUGUCAGUGCGGACUCGUACUCCUCGGGGCGAAUGAAAGAAGAUGUCUGUGUCGGUGUGGCAGCAGUAGGGCACCUUUAAACAUGUCUCUUAAUGGAGGGGGAAGCAGAGGAUUUUACUUCAACACCGUCUUGUCUCUGGCCCGCUCCCUGGCAGCCCACCGGCAGGCGCCCAUAGAAAAGGUCCAGAAGCUACAAUGCAUGUGCCCCGUGGACUUCAGAGGAGUCUUCCAGCUGGAUGAGAGGAGGAGAGAUGCUGUCAUUGCACUGGGGAUCUUUCUGGUUGAGUCAAACCUGCAGCACAAAGACACCAUCGUCCCGUACCUUCUUGGGUUGCUUAAAGGGCUUCCUAAAGUUCAGUGGAUUGAAGAGAGCUCUGAACGCAAAGGAAGGGAGAACCUUCCUGUCGCUGAGAACUUCACCUUUUCUCUUGUGACACUACUGUCAGAUGUUGCCCAGCGUGAUGAGACUUUACGAGGACAGAUCCUGGAGGCGCUCAUGGACAUCAUGCAGGUGCUGCAAGAUAUCUGCAAGACUCUGGAGGAUCAUGAUAAAGACUACCUGUGCAGGUACACUGUGCCCACCCUGCUUGGUGUCGCCCGAGCAUUUGGUCGUUACAGCAACACAGACGAGCCGUUACUGUCCAAGCUGUUCCCUCGGCCAGUCACUCCCGUGCCGCCUACGGCUGAGGAAACUGAUGCGGCACACCGACGGUCCUUCAAUGACUUCCGCUCCAUCCUGCCGAGCUCUUUGCUCACUGUGUGUCAGGGAGACACUCUGAGACGUAAAGGCUCCUCUGUGUCCAGUCAGCAGGCCAGUCCUGAGAGAGCCUGUCUGACCCCCAUCUCACCUGCUGACCCCUCUGCACAGUACUUUGAAGGCUCAUACCUCCCUGACGGCAGCGCAGUGGACCCUGACUACUACUUCUCCACAAUCAGCUCCAGCUUCUCUGUCUCCCCUCUUUUCACUGGAAGCAGCACCGGAGAGUUUCACGUCCCUCUGGAUAUGCUCCGACAGCUCCUUCACAUGGUUGAACAAUUUGUCUCUGAGACAUUUUUAAAAUCACUGGAUGAGUCCCUGGCAGAACUUCUAGAGUUGAACCCUGGUCUUCAUCUCUACUAUAAAACCUUCAGUGAUCCUCUGUAUGUAGCCAUAUUUAAGAUGCUGAGAGACACCCUGUACAAUUUGAAAGACCUUCAGACAGACUACGUGAAGGAGGUUCAUGACUUUGUGCUGGAGCAGUUCAGCAGCAGCCAGUCAGAGCUGCAGAGGAUCCUGCAUGAUGUGGAGUACCUCCAGAGUGAACUGAGCCCGCUCAAACUGCGCUGCCAGGCCAACGCUGCCUGUGUGGACCUCAUGGUGUGGGCUGUGACUGAGGAGCAAGGAGCUGAGAACCUUUGCACCAAACUAUCAGAGAAGCUGCAGUCCAAGACAUCUAGUAAAGUCAUCAUCGCUCACAUGCCGCUCCUCAUCUGCUGCUUACAGGGUCUGGGUCGUCUGUGCGAGCGCUUCCCCGUGGUGGCGCACUCUGUCACCAUGUCGCUGAGAGACUUCUUGGUGGUUCCCUCUCCUGUCCUGGUGAAGCUGUACAAGUACCACAGCCAGUACACUCCAGCGGGUGGUGAGAUAAAGAUCCAUGUGACCAACGAGCACUCCCAGUCAACCCUCAGUACCCACUCCAGCAAGAAGAGCCAGCCGUCCAUGUACGAGCAGCUGCGGGACAUCUCCAUCGACAACAUCUGCAGGUGCCUGAAAGCUGGGCUGACCAUGGAUAAUGUCAUCGUAGAAGCUUUUCUCGCCAGUCUGUCAAACCGUCUCUACAUCUACCAGGAAAACGAUAAGGAUGCUCACCUGAUCCCAGACCACACCAUCAGAGCUCUGGGUCACAUCGCUGUGGCCUUGCGGGACACCCCCAGAGUGAUGGAGCCCAUUCUCCAGAUCCUGCAGCAGAAGUUCUGUCAGCCUCCGUCCCAGCUCGACGUCCUCAUCAUAGACCAGCUUGGCUGCAUGGUCAUCACAGGCAAUCAAUACAUCUACCAGGAAGUGUGGAAUUUGUUCCAGCAGAUCAGUGUGAAAGCCAGCUCCAUGGUCUACUCCACCAAAGACUACAAGGACCACGGAUACAGACACUGUUCCUUGGCAGUGAUAAAUGCUCUGGGGAACAUCGCAGCGAACCUCCAGGCGGAGCAGAUGGUGGACGAGCUGCUGGUCAACCUGCUGGAGCUUUUCGUCCAGCUGGGUUUGGAGGGGAAGAGAGCCAGCGAGAGGGCCUCAGACAAAGGCCCAGCUCUGAAGGCAUCGAGCAGUGCUGGAAACCUCGGUGUCCUGAUUCCAGUUAUCGCAGUGCUGACUAAACGGUUGCCACCAAUUAAGGAAGCAAAGCCACGUCUGCAGAAGCUCUUCAGGGACUUCUGGCUCUACUCUGUCGUCAUGGGAUUUGCUGUGGAAGGCUCAGGUCUGUGGCCAGAGGAGUGGUAUGAGGGAGUUUGUGAGAUAGCGACCAAAUCGCCGCUGCUCACAUUUCCCAGUGGGGAGCCUUUACGCUCAGAGCUGCAGUACAACUCUGCACUGAAGAAUGACACUGUCACUCCGGCGGAGCUGAAUGAUCUGCGUAGCACCAUCAUCAACCUGCUGGAUCCUCCUCCUGAGGUGGCUGCUCUCAUCAACAAGCUGGACUUUGCCAUGUCCACGUAUUUGCUGUCUGUGUACAGAUUGGAGUACAUGAGGAUGCUGCGUGCUCUGGACUCGGACCGUUUUCAGGUCAUGUUUCGAUACUUUGAAGACAGAGCGAUACAGAAGGAUAAAUCUGGAAUGAUGCAGUGUGUGAUCGCUGUUAGCGACAAGGUUUUUGAAGUCUUCCUGCACAUGAUGGCUGAAAAACCAAAAACCAAAGCCCAUGAGGAGGAGCUGGAACGUCACGCUCAGUUCCUCUUGGUCAACUUCAACCACAUCCACAAGAGGAUCCGCAGAGUGGCGGACAAAUAUUUGUCUGGCCUGGCUGAAACUUUCCCCCACUUGUUGUGGAGUGGCCGUGUGCUGAGGACCAUGUUGGACAUCCUGCAGACGCUGUCACUCUCACUCAGUGCAGACAUUCAUAAAGACCAACCUUAUUAUGACAUCCCGGACACGCCACACAGAAUCACUGUCCCAGAUACAUAUGAAGCCAGAGAGAGCAUCGUGAAGGAUUUUGCUGCACGUUGUGGAGAAAUCCUUAAAGAGGCUAUGAAGUGGGCGCCAUCUGUGACCAAGUCACACCUCCAGGAGUAUCUGAACAAACAUCAGAACUGGGUGUCGGGUCUCUCCCAGCACACCGGCCUGGCCAUGGCCACAGAGAGCAUCCUGCACUUUGCUGGUUACAACAGACAGAGCACCACAUUGGGGUCCACGCAGCUGACAGAGAGGCCAGCCUGUGUGAAGAAGGACUACUCUAACUUCAUGGCCUCCCUCAACCUCAGGAACAGAUACGCUGGAGAGGUGUCGGGUAUGAUCCACUUCGCCCAGGCAGUCCGAGGACAGUCGGAUCUGAGCCGGCUGAUGAUCAAGCAGAUGGGGGAGGCUUUGGACUCUGCACAGCCUGAGGCCUUCACUGAAGCCAUGUUCAAACUGGCUGCCCUGCUCAUCAACACCAAAGACUGCGAUCCUCAGCUCCUGCACCACCUCUGCUGGUCUCCUCUCAAGAUGUUCACGGCACACGGCAUGGAGACAGCCAUCGCUUGCUGGGAGUGGCUGCUGGCAGCUCGUGUUGGAGUGGAAGUACCGUUCAUGCGGGAGAUGGCUGGAGCGUGGCAGAUGACCGUGGAGCUAAAGAUGGGCUUGUUCUCCGACGCUCAGGUGGAGGCUGAUCCCCUGGCUGCGUCAGAGGAAAGCCAGCCUAUCCCCUGCCCUCCAGACGUCACCCCUCACCAAAUAUGGAUCGAGUUUCUGGUCCAGAGGUUUGAGAUAGCAAAAUAUUCCAGUGCAGAUCAAGUGGAGAUCUUUGGCAGUUUGCUGCAACGCUCACUGUCUCUGAACGUGGGCGGGGCUAAGAGUAGCCUCAACCGCCAUGUAGCUGCCAUUGGACCUCGCUUCAGGCUGCUGACUCUGGGUCUGGCUCUGCUCCACUCUGACGUCCUCACCAAUUCAACUGUGAGAAAUGUGCUCAGAGAGAAGAUCUACUCAACAGCCUUUGAUUACUUCAGCGUGUCUCCAAAGUUCCCCACCCAAGGCGACAAGAACCUGCGCGAGGACAUCAGCAUCAUGAUCCGUUUCUACGCCAGCAUCCUGUCUGACAAGAAGUACCUGGCAGCGUGCCACUUGGUCCCACCUGGUGAGCUUGGUACUACCCCAGCCCCGAGCACGCUCUCUGCCGGGAUAUUUGGAUCGCUUAUCGUGUCCAGCACUUCUCCGAUUUCUAUCUUAAAUAAUCAGGACUCGUCCUUGAACAGUCUGUCGGUGAUGAACGCUGCCGACCUCAGGAGCACCAUGGACUCCAGCGCUCGCUCCCAGCAGAGCGGGCAGGGAUGGAUCAACACCUACCCACUGUCCAGUGGCAUGUCCACUGCAUCCAAGAAGUCAGGCACGUCCAAGAAGAGCAACAGAGGAACGCAGCUGCACAAAUACUACAUGAAACGCAGGACCCUGUUGCUGGCCUUACUGGCCAGUGAGAUCGAACGGUUGACGACGUGGUACAACCCCCUCUCCACUCAGGAGCUGGCCAUCGCCACGGAGCAGUCAGUGGAGACCAGCAUCGCCAACUGGAGGUCCAAAUACAUCAGUCUGACCGAGAAACAGUGGAAGGACAACGUCAACCUGGCGUGGGGUAUCGCACCCUACCUGGCUAUGCAGCUACCAACAAGGUUUAAGAAUGACGCCAUUGUUGCCGAAGUGACGCGGCUGGUGAGACUGGACCCUGGAGCUGUCAGUGACGUUCCUGAGGCCGUCAAGUUUCUGGUGACGUGGCACACUAUCGACGCCGACUCUCCUGAGCUGAGCCACAUCCUGUGUUGGGCUCCAGCCGACCCGCCCACCGGUCUGUCCUACUUCAGCAGCAUGUACCCUCCUCAUCCUCUCACCGCUCAGUACGGUGUCAAAGUGCUCCGCUCCUUUCCUCCAGACGCCAUCUUGUUCUACAUUCCUCAGAUUGUGCAGGCUCUCCGUUACGAUAAGAUGGGUUAUGUGAGGGAGUACAUCCUGUGGGCGGCCCAGAAGUCUCAGCUUCUCGCCCAUCAGUUCAUCUGGAACAUGAAGACCAACAUCUACAUGGACGAGGAGGGACACCAGAAAGACCCGGACAUCGGGGAGCUGCUGGAGCAGAUGGUCGAGGAGAUCACAGGUUCUCUGUUGGGUCCGGCCAAAGACUUCUACCAGAGAGAGUUUGACUUUUUCAACAAGAUCACCAACGUGUCCGCCAUUCUCAAGCCGGUUCCAAAAGGAGAGGAGAGGAAACGGGCCUGUCUCAAAGCUCUGUCAGAUAUUAAAGUCCAGCCAGGCUGUUACCUACCAAGUAACCCUGAAGCCAUCGUGCUGGACAUCGACUACAAGUCUGGAACGCCCAUGCAGAGCGCUGCCAAGGCGCCCUACCUGGCCAAGUUCAAGGUGAAGCGCUGUGGGGUGAGUGAACUGGAGAGGGAGGGUCUCCGCUGCCCCUCGGACUCUCUGGAGGACGGAGAGGAGAAUCCAGACGGAUCACGCAGGGUCUGCUGGCAGGCUGCCAUCUUUAAAGUGGGAGACGACUGCAGACAGGAUAUGCUCGCUCUGCAGAUCAUUGGGCUCUUUAAGAAUAUAUUCCAGCUGGUGGGCCUGGACCUGUUUGUCUUCCCUUACAGAGUCGUGGCCACUGCACCCGGGUGUGGCGUGAUCGAGUGCAUCCCAGACUGCAAGUCCAGAGACCAACUCGGCAGACAGACGGACUUCGGGAUGUACGAUUACUUCCGUAACCAGUAUGGAGAUGAAUCCACCCUCGCCUUCCAGAAGGCUCGGUAUAACUUCAUCCGCAGCAUGGCCGCCUACAGCCUCCUGCUGUUCCUGCUGCAGAUCAAAGACAGACACAACGGCAACAUCAUGCUGGACAGCAAGGGCCACCUCAUCCACAUAGACUUUGGCUUCAUGUUUGAGAGCUCUCCUGGAGGUAACCUGGGCUGGGAGCCGGACAUCAAGCUGACAGACGAGAUGGUGAUGAUCAUGGGAGGAAAGAUGGAGGCCACGCCUUUCAAGUGGUUCAUGGAGAUGUGUGUCAGAGGAUAUCUGGCCGUACGACCCUACAUGGAUGCAGUGGUUUCUCUGGUGACCCUCAUGCUGGAUACAGGGCUGCCAUGCUUCAGAGGACAAACCAUCAAACUCCUCAAAGGACGGUUUAAUCCUCAAAUGAGCGAGAAAGAAGCUGCGGCGUUCAUCAUCAAAGUCAUCCAAAGCUGUUUCCUCAGCAGCAGGAGCAAAACGUACGACAUGCUGCAGUAUUACCAGAACCAAAUUCCUUACUAAAGUCUUCUGCCGGACCUCCACUGUACGUCCAACACAAGCAUCUCGACACAAGCAAUGCAAACCGUCUUUGGGGCGGUUUUAAUAA